UGCCCUUCACCGCCGACUCCCAUACGUUAAAUGUGAAGUGAAAGUACUGGAGGGUUGCAGGGCACAACUUCUCGAGGAAGUCGAGAGAGUUGCAGAACGCAGUGACAACCUCCUUCCGGUAGGCGUCGAGAAAGACCAAGCCCAUCGGCGAUUUGAGGAAAGACUUGCGCCCUUUCUCUUUCCCGAUCUCCCUUUCAGACACAUUGUCCUCAAUGGCUUUCGAAAGGUCGGCACGGAGUUCAUCGACUUUCACAAGGGCGGCAACCUUCUCAAGGAGAGCACAGUUAGCAUGAUGGUGAGUGUCGCGGUCGGCGCGAGCCUUAUCAACAGAAGGGAGAACGGAAUCAAAAUACUUCGCCACCUCAUGAGGCUCAGGAUGGUUCCAAAGUCAAGAUGGCCUCUCGAGGGUGAUCUUCUCGACUUCAACGGCGGAGGGGGAAGAAGGAGCGACGGUCUUCCCCUUGUCCUUGUUCUUCAGGUGCUUAAGCGACUCGAGCACCAGAACAAACCCGGCCUCGUCUUGGGCCCUUUUGCACGAACCCGACGAUUUCUGCUGUUGGACAACUGCCAGGAUCACCACUUUCAACUUUUUCGCGGCAGUCUUCUCAACUGCCGCCCCCCUCACACCCGACCUAGAAUCAUCGUCGGGCUGUUUCGCAGAAGAAGGGUUAACAGACUUAGCACCGCCCUUAGCUUUCUUGGACUUGGGUCUAUUAUUCUGAUUAACUCUACUGGUUAUCCAAUCGUUACUGUACGGGAAUUUGCCAGGGGCAGGUUGGAUGUAGACAAACUUGGUUUUCCAUUCGGUGACAUUAGAAGAGAGAUCUUCAAUAAAUGUCACGCCAAGGCGACGACCCAAGCAAUGGGCGUCCUUUAUGAACCUAUAGCUAUAACAGUAAAAAAAAACUCGGGAGAGAAAUAUCAAAGCUUUAUUUUGGAAAUAAUUAUGAACGCAACCAUGAUGCGGAUUGCGAUAGAAAAAAAUUGGUUUAUUGGCACACCGUAUAUGUCGCUAAUCGACAUAAGAUCUGGUUGGAUGGGAAAUCGCAAGCCGAAUAUAAUUUGGUCGACAAAGAAGGUGAAAUAUCUGGACGGAGGAUAUCUCCUCUUCCCCGGCGAAUCUCCGACGAAACCGCAGCUGAGCCGCCUCUCCACACGCACAGCAGCUCGUCCACGUCCUUUUCAGCCCGUUCACGCGUGCAUCAAGCUUCUGUUCGAGCUCACCAGCCCAGACCGUGACCACCUCCGCACCAGGCCCGCAGCUCCGCCACCAACAUCAUUUUUCCGGCGAUUUCGCACCAGCUCGCACACAGCAGCGGCUCGACGUCCAUACGCACCCCUCCAACUCAUUCACGCGACCAGCAGCGGCUCAACGUCCGGACAUCCGUGGGCCAACUCUCCACAGCGACUCCACGCGUGCCUCCGAGCUUGCACCCGCGGCCCUCAACAGCAAACCGACCCCCCAGUUGCACUCCACGACUCAGCAGCUCCGUUUCUCGACCCUAGCUCCGACCAGAAGCAUUUUCAGUCCGGUUUCAGCACCUUCAUCUCGGAUCUACAACCCAUGCCCUUGUUUCCGACCCGAUUUGGCUUCUUUGACUCUU